CAUAUAACACAACCUAAGUAUAGAAUUAAGUGAAUGCCUCGAAUGAGUGUCGGGGAGAAACGCGCUUCUACGUCAAUGAAAACACAUCGGAGGAUGGGGAGGAAUAUCACUGCCUCUCUUGGUUUACACUUGUUGAAUGGCUUGCUAACGCAGGGAUUUCAGAGCUUAGCUCUUAUCCUCAGAAAUAUUUAAGAAUUUUCUUUUGAUAAAUGCGUCGUAAGAUUUUUGUGUUCCAUUCAACUGAUUUUUGUUAGAUUUAACUAUUUCACCAUUGCUGUUGUCUUUUGAAAAAUUGAACAAUGGAAGAUUAUUCUCCGCAUGAAUGUAGAGGAUACUUAACGGCUCUGCAGAGUACCUUGCUGGCGGAAUGUCAACAGGUGACAGAGCAAUCCGAGUUUGCUAGAUCGAACGUUAUGGAAGUUGGAUGUGGUUAUGGGGUCACCACAGCACAGAUAGCCGACUACUAUCCACACUGCAGAGAGGUGCUGGGAGUAGAUUCGAACAGAAAUGCCAUCAAUUAUGCAUUCACUUUUGUGGCAGAUGAGAGGAUGGACUUUGCGCACGCGGACAUUGAAGACCAGACGACUUUUGAUUUGAGUUGGGCUGGAAAAUUUGAUUGGAUUUUCUCGUCACAAGCGCUGUUCUUCGUUCGAGAGCAUGCCACUGCUUUGAGAAAUUUAAUGUGGUGCUUGAAACCAGGCGGCAAGUGUUUCAUCGCCGUACCUGCAGGUAAGCCUGCUGAUUUUCAUGUGGCUGCGAAGAAAGUACUUGGAGCAGAGUGCUGGAAGCAUAAUUUUGAACCCAUUUCAGAUUUGGUAUCAGAUAUGACUGAAGCCAAUUGCAAUCGGUUAUGGUUCCACCAUCCUCAUGCAGAUAGAGUAUACUCGGCACUUUUGGAGCAAGUUGGUUAUCAAAUUUUGCACACGAAGCUCUUCAAUUUCAGAUACAUAUUUUCGUCAGCUGAAGAAUACAAAGUUCUGCUUCAUAAUCUCAUCCGGAAACCCCUACAGUGCUUGCCCGAGGAAAAACGCGAAAGUUUCUUGAAAGAGUUCCAAAAGACAGCAUCUAAGAAGGCAAAGAAGACUCCAGGAGGAUCCGUCAUUUGGAAUCUCAAGUAUGUGAUGGUGCUUGCCAAAAGAUCCGAUCUCUAAACGGCCAUGACAGUGAAUAGACAUGAAGAACAACUUGUUGUGUGCAAGAGAAGAAACGUGUUCACGUUUCAUUAUCUUAAAGACAUUACUAGACAUUAUUUUAUCUCUUUUACUCUUUUGUAUACUAUUUAUUUUAAUGCUUCGAUCAAAUACAAACCGAAAAGAAUAACAAUUCUGGAAUAAACUACAUCCUCAAAGCCCAUCAGAACUAUACUCAUAGCUUUUUCUUUUUUAGUUAAGGAUUUUUUACAAUCCUUUGUAUGUUGUGAAAGAGAGAGAAAGAACAGAUGGUCUCCAACUGUAUUUAAAUUA